GAGGCGCACCAAGCUGCCAGCUAGCAGAGGAGCAUGUAAACAUCUGAACAUCUGAACAUGAACAUGGCUCAGCUCUCCUCCAGCAGACUGACUCAUCUACUGAGGACAUCCUUUAUUAAACUCUCAAUAACACCAAUAACACCUGGACCUGCGUGUUGUGUUCAGUUCACCCGCUGCCAGAGGUCGGUGGACCCUAAGGCGUUACAGGAGAGGCAGAAGCAGCAGAUGGCGAAAGGUCUUCCCAGACAGAAGCCCAUCACGGGGGUCAAACAGGUCGUCGUUGUGGCUUCAGGGAAAGGUGGCGUGGGCAAGUCCACCACCGCAGUGAAUUUAGCUCUCGGAAUAUUGGCCAACGAUCCAUCUUUGUCAGUUGGUCUGUUGGACGCUGACAUUCACGGCCCGUCGAUUCCCAAACUGAUGAACCUGAAGGGAAACCCGGAGCUCAGUGACAACAAUCUGAUGAUCCCUCUCACCAACUACGGGGUUCCUUGCAUGUCGAUGGGGUUCCUAGUGGACGAAGCGGCUCCGAUCGUGUGGAGGGGGCUGAUGGUGAUGUCAGCGCUAGAGAAACUGCUCAGACAGGUGGACUGGGGGUCUUUGGACUAUCUGGUGGUGGACAUGCCUCCUGGGACGGGAGACGUUCAGCUGUCAAUCUCCCAGAACAUCCCAGUAGCAGGUGCUGUCAUCGUGUCGACGCCGCAGGACAUCGCCCUGCUGGAUGCUCGCAGAGGAGCCGAGAUGUUCAAGAAAGUUAACGUGCCGGUUCUCGGUUUGGUGCAGAACAUGAGCGUCUUCCAGUGUCCCAACUGUAACCACCAGACUCACAUCUUCGGCUCCGACGGGGCCCGGCAGCUCGCCGACACUCUGGGAGUCAGGUUAUUAGGUGACGUUCCUCUUCAUCUCAACAUCAGAGAGAUGUCAGACAGAGGAAGACCAGUGGUCGUCUCUUCUCCUGACAGCCCAGAGGCGGAGGCGUACAGGAAGGUGGCGGCGGCCGUGGUCCAGAGACUCGAGGAAGUGAACACUUGAUCGAUGUAAACUGGGAGCGAACACGAAGACACUCCAUGACACGUACACACAAAACAAACAGCGUACAUGUGACACACAAACUGAAACGCACAAACUUCUUCUUUGCUGUUGUGACGCACAAUAAGUUCAAUCCAAAGCACUACUGUGUACUGUGUGUAUUAGUACUGCAGUGUUACUGAAUAAAUGUGAUUCUUUUAGCUGUGUGAUGAUAUUUAAUAAAUCUGAGUUUUCUGUUUCCU